AUGCGCGGGGGAGAACGAUCCGACGCAGAUCGUGCUCGUGAUGCUGAACGCCAGCGAAGACGGCGUGCACGUCUGCGUGAAGACAUGGAUGAGGAGCAACGUACGCAGGAUCGUGAGGCGGCACGUAUUCGACAACAACAACGACGCGCACGCAUGAAUGAGGAAAACCGUGAGAGAGAACGGGAGCGAAAUCGUCUUGCGAGAGCGGAGGCCCGUCAAAACGAAGCAUAUCGUAACCGAGAGCGGGAACGAGACCGUAUUGCCAGAAGUGAGGCCCGAGAAGAUGAGGGUUAUCGCAGCCGAGAGCGGCUGCGCUAA